CAAGGCGUCAAGAGGGAUAAAAAGGGUUGGCCAUGGGUCUGACGGCUGACAGCGGACAGCAGGCUGAAAUACUAGAUACGCUGUGCAGUAAGUAAUACAGGGCGAGGAGGAUUAAGGCGGGGGUUGGUGGAUGAGGAGAGCAGGAGAAGAAGAUAAUCUAAAUGGUGAAGAAACGGAGCGAGAAAUAAGGGGAAAGGAAAGGAAGAACAGAACAAGGCGAGGAGGCGAUGGUGGAAGAGAAAAGAAGAAGAAGAAGGGGAAGAGUCAAGAGAGUGUGAGUGUGAGUGUGUAUGAAGGUGUCAAGAUUCUAGGACGGCGCGCAAUGAUGUAGGAGGGGGUGGGCGUAGCAGCAAUUACGAGUAAUAGCAAUUAGUAC